AUGCAGCUGCCGCCCUUUGACAUGUGGAAGGACUACUUCAACCUGAACCAGGUGGUGUUGGCCCUGAUCCAGAGCGGGGGGCAAAGGCCAGAGGCCCAGGGGAAUGGGGAGGGGGAGCCUGGGCCCCAGCUGGGGCAGGAGCAGGGUCUGGGAGGGCCGGGGGCCAGCACAGGCCUGGCCACCCUGUGCAAUUUCUGCAAGCACAACGGGGAAUCGCGCCACGUCUACUCCUCACACCAGCUGAAGACCUCAGAGGGCGUGGUGGUGUGUCCCAUCCUGCGGCACUAUGUGUGUCCCCUGUGCGGGGCCACCGGGGGCCAAGCCCACACGCUCAAGUACUGCCCGCUCAACGGCGGCCAGCAGUCUCUCUACCGGCGCGGCGGGCGCAACUCGGCCGGCCGCAAGGUCAAGCGCUGAGGAGCGCGAGAUGCCCGCCCCGCGCCCCCCAACCCUCCUGGUUCGGUCCCUGCCAAGUCCCCGGACCCUCCCCCUGACUCACCCAGCCUUUGGGAGCCUCUGGCUCCCAGAGCUACUCCCUGCUGGAUCCUGAAACAAUGCAGGCUACUGGGGAGCCAGGCCAGCUCUGCCCCCGCCCCCGGGACCUCUCAGGCCUUGGGGUUCUGAACUGAGGGUGUCUGUGGAUUCUGGAUGCGGCAGGACCGCUGCCCUUGGACCGCACGGCCUUGUGGCUCCUUCUGGGCCCCCAGUUCAUGGAUCUUUCGUCUUUCUGGGGCUGCUGGUGACAUGAGCCCUGCCCCCUUGACUUCUCAGCUCCAUGGUUCCAUUCCUUCUGGAAUUCUUGGACCGUUGGACCUACAGGACCCAGCGUGCUCUCCCAGGCCCGCCCUUAGAAUCUGGAGAGAGUGAACAAGACUGGCUUGGACACUCUAGCCCAAGAACUUCCAAGAUGGGAUUCUGACUUGAGACCAGCCUUGUCCACCUUCUUCAGUCACCUGUAGACCCACGGUUUCAUCACAAACCUCCCUGGACUGUUCCUUCCCUGCCCCAGCAGCCCAUUCCAUCAGGAGCUGGGGAUGGGAGGAGACACGCUGCAGGGGGAGGGGGGCACCUGGUCUUCCAAGGCUUAUCUGGGAGUGGAGAGCCUUGGGGUGCUUGCCACACCCUUCAGCUCCCCUCAUCGACCUUCUUGUUGAUUCUGUUUCACUGCACUCCCGCCCCCAACCUGCAAAUCACCGAUGGGCGUUUCCCCCUGCAGGAGGGCAGCUCUCCACUGACUCCCACCCACCUUUCAAAUCCUCCUGGUUUGCUAAAGGUCUUUGGUUUUUUUUCCCUCCCAUUUUUUUUUUUUUCAUCCUCCAACACUUAAUCAACGAAGCUCCAACAAGAAAAGGGGUUUUAGUGCCCAGAUGGGAAAGGCAACUGCCUAGAUUUUCUUUUAGGGGCAACGAAAAGAAAGAGCUCCCUUCAGAUUUUAAGUUGCUCAGUUUGGGGCUCAGGGCUGGGGCCCUGGUGUUCAGCUCUGGUGAAUAAAGAGCAU